UGUCCAUGCACUAGAAUAUGACAUUUUAGCUUGCUAUCUAUAUCCGCUGUUCAAGAGUUCUGCAAUGAGGCUAAGUAUGUAUCAAACAAAUAUGCUUCAUUCAACACUUCAGCCUUGGUUUACGAAAUGUACGUUGGGCAAGUGCACCUCAUGUUGUUCCGUUAUGACCACUCUAUCACUUCACCUUACGCACAAGCGCGAGCUGAUCACAAAGAGCGCUUCCUGAAUUUAGAUUUUGCGAAUCUUGGACCUGACAUUUUUCUCUCACAAAAGUGCAAACCUUUUACAGUCAUUUAUUGUUAACACAAAACAGAGCUUAUUUUUCCAAACAUAAGGACAAUCACACGCUUCAUGCACUCUGUGUCUCAAGAGCCUGCGUCUCUGAGUCUUCAUGUUAUCGCGUCUACAGAAUGGAGACUGGCAGACAUCGAGCUUCACAAAGAGUUCCCAGUGUAGGUGUGCAUUUCAGGACUCCCAGGCAUGCUUGAAGGGCCUACAGCUUGCACACUUUCGAAAUUUUUAUGGUAAGUCAGGGAUAGGGGCGGCAGUGCCGGAAGACUGGAGCGUAUCAAUCCGUUGAAAAGAGACUCAUAAAGCUGCAGGAGGAACGAGGUGGAAAAGCCCCACGUAUUGACCGUGAACAUGUGCAGGGUGCCCAGGAGAGAUGAAAGCUUACUUUUCAGCCGUCUUGCAUGUGCAGUCUAAGACAUGGAACGGUUGCAUGUUACGCCCAUGGAACGUAUGGUUGUUCACGUAGCGAAUUUCACAGCCCGAAAUCUUCAGCGAAUAUUGGGAAACGUCACGCUUGGUGAAUGCUAUAGUUGCACACUUCUCAAAGAAAUGCCUAGACCGCAGUUUUCCAGAUGUCGCGACACACCUGAGAGUGUCGUGUGUAGUUUUGCGCGGGGAGAUAGAGAGAGAAAUAGAAGACCGGAAAGGCAGGGAGGUUAACCAGACGCACGUCCGGUUAACCUAAUUCCUGCCUAAUGCCCAGAUGCAGACCUCGUCGGUGUACAAAGAAAUCUCAACUCCCAGCGGGAAGACCCUUCUGAUACUUACUAGGCAUAUGCUGAAGAUGGUAGCACUCAGAACACCGCCUUGCGAAACACGUCACGUAAUGCAAUGCCGAGUUGUUUCUCCAUCUGGUGACAUGUAAAUAAAUAUUCCACGUAAGUAAUCGCGCAGCCAAGUGUAUGUUCUGCCAUGCUGUCUCUAUUGCUGCCAUCUCUCUCCGGAUAGCCUCAUGGGCGACACUGUCAGAAGCACCGUUCAUGCCAAGAAAGCCGGCAGAGGUGAUGUUCUUCAUUGCUUCCUGCUCUUUAACAUCUGUUGCCAAAGCAAUAACGUUGUCAGGGCUGCUUCACACCACGCUUAAUCUUGACAUUUGUGCAGGAUAUGCAUGUCUGUUUUCAAGGUUCCAGACCAGAUUCUGCAAGACCAUGGUCUCCAUUACUUUGCCGACGCCGGUAAGCAAUGUGAUAUGGCUAUAAGAUGGUAAGUCAUUCGGUGAUUUAUUAAGCUUUAAGAUUUAAAUCACACGGGAACUUUUCUAACAAUCUUGUACACACCAUCCGCCACGAAUUUAAUCUCGUGUGGCUCCCACCAUACUAACGUUAACUGAUGUUCUUGUUGCACUAUUGCAACAAUGGCUUUAACGCCACCUGCGUCAGAGCUAGCACGCAAGCUCUGUGCAAUCAGCAUACUGUGUUUCAACGAACCGCCUGUGGGCUUCGUGCCCACUUGUCUGAUUUUCGACAACAUGUCAAGAGGCACAAGUUUACACUUAUAGCUGUGCCUUAAACAAGGCAAGGUGCGGACUUAUAGACUGCCUAGAUAUUCACUUCGCCAUUCGCUGCAAUACGUUACUAAGGGCCAAACGAUUCUUGCCAUUCACUGGGAUCUCAUUUUUGUGAUGCGCGACAUGUCCUACGACUAGAGAUCUGCGCUUUUGGAUAAAUUUAGGACAACCCCCCAAAAAAUUGCCGGUAACACUUUUUCGAAUGCCUGUUUAUUCGAAAAACUCCGAUCUUGACGCACCCAGCCUUGAAAUACUCGAAGAUGGCUUUUGUUCCUCGUAAUUGCCAAUGCACUUCGCCGCGAGCACCACAAUCCGUGACAUCAUCAGAACAAGCCACCCGCCAAAGCGCAACAAAGUGAACUGGAGAUGAGGAAAUUUAAUUAAAACAAGUUUUCUAGAUAAAAAAUGCGUUUAGCGCAAGUAGAUGGCAAGAAGAAGCACACAGACAAUGCUCUACUCGCCGUGCUACACUCUCCCAUUCGGUGGCAUUACAAGCGCUUUCCUCUUUGUCAGAACACACCGUAAACACGCGCAGGCCCCUCCUGGAUGGAUGAUAGGGGCAUCUCCUUUGUAACGAGGUGCGUUGUAGAAAUUCAUACAAAUUAUCUCACAUCGGGUUUUGCAGGGUCAGGCGUAGGAUGUUAAAGAAAUUGUUGAGCCGUUGGUGUUCUGGUGCAUGUAUGCCCACGAUAGCCUCUCCUAUCACGUUGUGCACUGGUCCUCUUAGCACACGCAGUGUCUAGCGCGAACAUUGAGAGUUUUCUGUGUUCCGUGUAGGGAACAAGAAGGAUUGUUCCAGAGUUGUGGAUGCAAACAUUGACAAGUAUAUGUGUUUGUACACGUUACAAGUUGUAACCAGUGGCAAUGAUUACCUUACCAGUUGCCGAAUAAGGUUUUCCCAGCAUUGGCAGUAUGCUGUUCAGAGUAGUAGACGUCAUUUCCCUAAAUUUGGAAUAAAUAAAUAAAACGAUAAAUAUUCCGAUUCUGUAGAGCAUAUACCGUAUACCAAAUUUAAAUGCACCGAAACACUCCGAAUUUCAUCACAAAAAUAAACACCGAUAACGUCGAACCCUACUUAUGACACAUCUAACGAGAACGUAGUGGCUGCUGUGAAGUAUAGAAAUGUCUAACUGUACCAUUCCGACAGAAUGUGUCGCCCGUCACUGCACAUUACACGUCCAGCGCCUGUAGGCUAUCCUAGGCACAACUUCGGCAUCGCACAUCCUCACAGGCUAUAUCAACGUGCACCGCCCGCCAUAGGGAAGUAAUAAAUCAACUGUCUGAGGUCAUCGUCUGCUCACCCUUGCCAGUCAGGUGACUUUCAACGUUAUAAACAGCGGUAGUCCAGUAGUUUUUCGGGGCUCAAGAUCAAGUGCGUCGAACAUCAAUAUGGUGUCCGAUUCGCUGCUUACUGUUGUGCCCUGGUUUGUUGAUGUUGAGAGCCUCAGCAGCGACCACAUUCCCACCUAUACCGUUCACAGCGGCCUGUCUGAUGGGCGACACUUCAAGCACAAAGACAGCAAGACGAAUAGGGAUGACUUGCCUAAGAUCGAAGACACUAGUGGUGACAUAAAGAUGCAUAGGGAUAUCCUGUCUGCCUCGGCAAGUGCCAGUGCAGCAUGCACCAAUCUACUUGUUAUGCCGGAGAAAUACUCGAAUGACUACGUCGCAUACGAACACCCUCGGAGCAGGACUGAGAGAUACGCCCGGAGAACUCAGUCGCCAGUAGAUAUUAGAGCUGCUAGACGCGCGCAGAAAAAGGCACCGAAUCAAAUGGAUAAAAUGUACACAAACCAGUUUAGAAAACGUUCUUCGCGUCUCGAUCCAAGCAUGCCCAAGUCAGACAUAUCGACAAUAGUUCUAAAUAUUAAAUCGAAGCCAGCCUAGUUUCACCCGCUUUAUUCAACGGCUCUGCAGGCGUCAUGGAAGUAGACGUCACCGAAGAAUUCUGAUCAAGAAGCAAAACAAGCAAUGGAGAACAAGUUAUAUCCUCAAUGGCUGUUGAGGUGCUCCUGACAGCAAACGCAAUACGGAUUUGUGAAUGCUCCGUCCUGCGUGGACUCACAGCCGCUUUAAAUUCGAUGAAUAUUUGAUCUCACCAGGCGCGGGUGGCAUUUCGUAAAGUCACUUAAGACCCCUGCAACAGUUCCUCGAAAUAUAUUAUACUGGAGAGAACCAGGUCAUUUAGAAUUCGACAACGCUUGCCUAACUAUAGACCUCCGGAUAGAUUUGCCGCCUCCCAUCAUUUCCAAGUUACAAGAUAUCGACAUUGUGAUAGCUGUGGUGUGUUAGAAACAUCGGAACCAAUUUUGCUGGAAUGUGCAACUUACAGAGACGUGAUGACUUGCAUUUUGAGUAGAAUGAACUCUGUUUCCUAAUAACCACUACAGCUGUGCUUGUGGUUCCUUCUGCAAAGCAGCGUAAAGCUUUAAGUUUUCUUUUUGCAGCUGAGCUGUAUAUGGCUAGCCGAUUCCACCAUCCGUCCGUCCGCCCGUUUGUCGCCUGUACGCCGAAAAGUCCUCCGGCACAACCCCAUGCACAUGUGCGAAAAAAAAUAAUGCGGUGCUACUUUGCCCGAGUGCUAAUCGCAUCAGCUUCUGCGGUCGUCGCGAGACGGUUUCUGCCGAAAUUUGGUUUGUUCAUUUGCACAACCAAGAUCAAAGCAAGUUGAGGUACAUAAAAAAAGAGAAAGAGGCGCGCGACUGGCUACGCCAGUAAUGACAUCGUUGCUCUCCGUCGCAGCCGAGCGCGCGCGCAGCAAUUUCUCUACGGCUCCGAGAUGGGUAUGCCGCGCGUCAUACGUACACCUGAGCAGCAGGCAGGUUUCGAUCAGCAACGCCAUGAGCAGAACCUGGAACGAGCUUGCCUAAGCCGUGCCGAUUCUGCAGCCCGAGCACAAGAACAGGUUCGUGCAGCCGAGCGCAAGCAGCAACUGCGUACCGAGGAUCCAGCAGCCUACCAAGCCGUCGUUUAAUGAACCGUCGUGAUUAACCCAGUGAUAAACACCGGGGCUGCACGUUUCAGCUUCGCUGGUUAAUCAUCUGUAUGGAGUGCUUGGGCGGUUAUUUUUCUUAUUUCUCCAAGACAUUGCCUCACUUGAAGAGCUCUUGUCUAUUCACAUCUACAUCAUCAUAUUUGUCUACAUACCAUGAUCACAUAUUUUCUUGGCAUAUCUUCUAUGGCAUACUAUACACGUACGAUAGCAGAAUUCUCUGCAUUUAAUUAAAGAGUGUUCUCUUCUAUAUCAGCAUUCACAAUCAUGCACUCAUGCUCUCCUAGUACUAAUAUAUCGAUAUCUUCGGCACCUUGAACCUUGUAUGGAGAGCCGCUGUAAGAACAGAAGAAAGACCAAAGUAAUUUGCACUCAAACCUCUCGGAGAUGAAGCGAUUGCAAUUUCUUUUCACAAGCGGUCAAUGCUCGCAGAUGGUUCGAAGGAUAUUCGAAUCCAUCAACUGACUAUUUAUUUGUAAAUUUUCAAUAGCUGCGUCUACACCACUGUGCUAAAUAAUACACCUGCAUGCAAAAAAAAAAAGGUAUUCAUCGUUCCUUACCGAUUUAAGCAAUCAGUGCACGCCACCACUUCUUGAAAUCGCUCUUUUCCUUCAGAGACCACUGAGCUCGCAAACAGAACCACGACAUACUCUCAGAGGACACUGAAUGGCUAAGAACGCAACUACUCUUCUACUUCCGGUCAUUUUUGCCACAGUUGUAUCAAAAUGCUACGCUACAAAACAACACAAGGUCGUCUCCACCACAAGUGGCCUUGUCCGAGGAACAAUUCUUCAGACGACAGCUGGUCCGGCGUGCACGUUCUUCGGGAUUCCAUACGCGGAGCCACCGACAGGCAAUCUUCGCUUCAGAAAGCCUCUGUCGAAGAAGUAUUGGAAAGGAGUGCUCAAUGCCACAUCGAUACCACCGCUGUGCGCUCAGCUCCCUGCGCGCUUUCACACUUACUUCGCCGUCAAAUCUAGUGAUGCCACGUCCGAAGACUGCCUUUUCUUGAACCUCUUUGCCCCAGUGCCAAAACGCUCGCGCCUCAAGCCUGUCAUUGUGUACAUUCACGGUGGUGCAUUCUCCCAUGGAGGAAUUGCUAUGAAGAUCUUCGACGCCUCGGAACUCGCUGUGAGGGGCGACGUGGUUGUGGUAACAGUGGCGUACAGACUAAAUGCUUUCGGGUUUCUGGACAUGGGCGUCGAAGAUGCGCCCGGCAAUAUGGGGCUGUAUGACCAGCUUCUUGCCCUGCGCUGGGUUAAAGCGAAUGCGCGAGCCUUUUGCGGAAAUCCUGACGCAAUCACGCUUAUGGGCCAGAGUUCUGGCUCCAUUUCUGUUGGGUUCCAUUUGAUGUGGCCGCAGAGUAAGGGUCUCUUUCGGCGCGCCAUCAUGCAGAGUGGAAGCCCUUUGUCUCCCGUUGCCAUAAGUACAAAAGCCGAGGCCGCUUACCGGGCUAUGUUGCUCACGACACAUCUAGGAUGCGACCAGAACGGCUCCCGGAAGCUCACUACUGCAGAAGCCGUUCGUUGCCUUCGGUCGAAACCAUCGGCUGCCAUACUAAACGCGACCAGCAGUUUCAACUCUAACGGAUUCGAUGAUUUCUUUCCGGUCAUCGAGAGCUCGUUCAUUUCCCUGGAAUCAGAGCUGCACAGGAAUGAACUGAACGCUCGUGAACUGCUGGCUGGCAUUUGUGGAGCAGAAGGUGACUCCGUAAUAACACAUCUUCUUGCGACCAUCAGCGAUAACGACGACAUAGCUCAUAUCCGAAAGAGAAGUAUCGUGCUCCUAAUGAAGGCGGUAAUGGCGUCGCGAUUGAGCAGUGACAUCGAACCCAUAAUCGAAAAGUAUUUCGGACACAUCGCUGCCUCAGACAGCCAGGGAGCAGUAUACGCGGCCGCAGAUAUUGUGACCCAUGCCCAGUUUUCAUGUCCAACGGUCAACUUUGUCAAGGCUUUCAUGCGUCCAGGCACGACGGCGUACGUGUACGAAUUGUCACAGCAACCUUCGUUCAUUGACUGGCCAAAAUGGGUCCGGCCCACGCACGGCGACGACAUCGUUUUCAGCUUGGGCUCCACGUUUGCUUUGAGAGUUAAUGCCACUGAAGCCGACGUCAGAGCAACCAACAAUAUCAUACGCAUCGUGUCCACGUUCAGCCAUUCAGGGAAGGCUAUCAGCAGUCAUUGCGCUCUCUUCCUGAAUGCCGCGGGCCGUCCGGGGAAAACAACGUCUUCAAAGGUCCUGUGCCGUUCCCAAAGCUGUCGACGGUGUGCCCUGGCCGAAGUUCGACGAUGAAGAACGAUAUUUGCGCUUAAGCGAAGCGGGGAGCGUUGCCAACAAGCAUCUUCUUCGGUCGGAAUGCACCUUCUGGAAGAAGAAUCAGCUAUACUAAUAAAAAAACUGGCUAAACGCACCACCUUACC